AUGGCCGGCCUGGCAGCCUGGACGGCAGUCAACAGCAGUCUGGCGUUUGCCCAGGCGGCCCAGGCGGCCCAGGCAGGCAAGGCAGGUGCUGGGAAGGCACUAGGAACAGGCACUGGUGCCCGGGUGCCCGGCUACCUCCAGGGCCCGGACACCUCGCAGCACGUGAUCCAGUUCAGCCACACCAGUGCCGAACACCCGGAAAUCAUGCGCUGGAACACAACCUGCUGA